CUGUUCUUGAACUGAACAAUGUUAUGAAACAGAAAAGUGUUUUGUAAGUCAAAGCGAAGAGUUAAUUCGAAGAGAAAAGCCUUGAUAUUCGUUUUUCUUUUCUUGUCCAGCGGUGCAUCACUCUUCCAAGAUGUCCAGUAUCUUGUUUCGAUUGUUGCCACCCGCUAGGAUUACAGUUUCGAGCAUUACUCGCCAAAUCCCAAAUGUUGCCAGAUUAUCAACAGGAGGAAUUUAUACACCAGAGAAUACAGAGCCACCUAUACCAGAAUAUCGUGAAAGAUCUGGCGAAACUACAGAGUUAAAACGAGCCAGAUUACUGUAUCAGAGUAGGAAACGAGGAAUGACAGAAAAUGGACUUCUCUUGAGUUCAUUCGCUGCCAAGUUUUUAGAUAAUUUGAAUGAAGAUCAGUUAACACUGUAUGAUAGAUUAAUAAAUAAACCAACCAAUGAUUGGGAGAUCUACUACUGGAUAACAGGAAACAAGCCGACCCCAGAAGAAUAUAAUCAUCAGAUUAUGGACAUGUUGAAAGAUCAUGCUAAAAAUAAAGACCAUGAUCUUAGACUUACUCAACCAGACCUUUAUACAUGAACAUCCAGUCUCGAUCAAUUCUAAAAUAACUAUUUGCAGCCCUUUUGGAAAUGUUGACUGAUCGCUACAUCUUGUUUCUUGUUAGAUUGCCAGUGAAAUCUCAUGUACAGACUUUGUAUUUGAAAGGAAAAUCAAGUUUUAAGAUUUAGAUGAAUUGUCUUAGGUAACCAAUGCCAUUGUGAGAGACAAAAUUCCCAGUUUUUGUUGUGUGGAGACAUCUAUUCAAUCUUUGUGUAAAUAAAUGAUAUAUAUAUUAACAUUAAAGCAGUAGUUCCCAAC